CAACUGCCUUCUCUCUCUCUCUUCAGUACCUUUUCCUUUCUUUUCUUUUCCCAAUCAAUAGCAAGAAAGAAAAGAAAUCGAGAGGAGAGGGAAAAGGCGACUACUUUUUCUCUUCUCAUCAUUUCACCCUUUUCAGAUUCAUCCUACCUGUCAUUCCUCUCUCUCUCUCUCUCUCUCUCUCCCUCUCUGUUGUUAGCAUUUUGGGUUCUUUGAAUUUUGUUUGGUUGGAGUUAAAACUGUUGUUUUACAUUCUAUGUUGUUUUUGUUUUGGGGUGUUUGGAGCUAAAUCAGAUCUGGGUUUUCAGUUUAUUGCAAUUUUGAGUAAAUCCAUGGACUUUUCACAGCUGCAGCUCUGGAUUCUUUCAGCAUUUUUUUCCUCAUUUGGGUUGCUUGGAGAUAAAUUGCAUUUGGGUUUUCUGUAAUUUUGCAUGAAGUCUUGGUUUUUCCACUGCUGCAGCUGUAGAUUUUCUGAAAACUAAGGUUUAGUUUUCUUUACUGCUAUUUUGGGUCUUUUGCAAAUUUUUUAUUUUUAUUUUUUACAGAGAUUAAGGUUUUUUAGAGCUCAAUUCUAUUCGAUUCUGUUGUAAUUUUCCUUAAAUUCAUAUAUUUUCUGCUACGGCAUCUGCAGAUUUUCUGAAAAUUGGGUUUGUUGGCUUUUUUUUUUUUUUUUGUUCAUGUAUUUAAUAUUUUACGUUGUUCUUUAUCGGAAUUGGGGUUAGUGUUUUAAUGACAUCUGGGUUCUUCCCAAUUUCAUUUGAGGUCAUGUGUGUGGAAGAUUAGAUUUUCUUUUUCUUCUUCAUCUUCUCUUUUGUUGAGGGAAUGCAGUUCCUGUGUUUGAUUUUUUUAUUUUGGGUAGAGCUUGUGGUAGCAAAUUCAGAUUCGGAUGCUCUUUUGGCAUUCACAAAAGGAAUCGAAAAAGAUCCUUUGGAACGUGUUAAGUCUUGGAAUGGCAAUUCAUUGGCGUCUGAUGGGUCUCCCAAGAACUGGUAUGGGAUCGAAUGCAGCGGCGGUCACGUGACAUCAAUCACAUUGGAUGAUUUGGGCUUAGUUGGAAGCGUCGACUUGUCCACUCUCAGUGGGCUAAAAAUGCUUCGCAAUUUGUCGAUUUCAAACAAUCGUUUGACGGGUGGUCUUCCUCCAGAGCUAGGCACAUUGGUGUCUCUGGAGCUUUUGAAUCUUUCUCGCAAUUCAUUUCAUGGUUCAAUGCCCGUUGACUUGAUGAAGUUGGAGAAUUUAGUUUAUUUGGAUCUAUCAUCAAACAAUUUCAAUGAGACGGUCCCGUCUGGUUUUGAAACUCUGCAGAAGUUACAACAUUUAGAUUUGCAUUCAAAUGGCUUUUCUGGUGAUAUUGGGCGUUUGCUCGCGAAAUUGCAAGGCGUGGCCCAUGUUGAUCUCAGUGGCAACUUGUUUACAGGGUCUCUCAAUUUGGGUCUUGACAAUUCCACCUUUAUCCACUCGGUUCAAUAUUUAAACAUCAGCCACAAUGCAUUGGCUGGAGAUAUCUUUGUUGACGAUGUGGUUCCUUUAUUCGACAACUUGGAGGUGUUUGAUGCCAGUCAUAAUCAACUUGUUGGUCAGAUCCCGUCCUUCAAUUUAAUAGUUUCACUUCAGAUUCUUCGACUUGGAAGCAAUCAGUUCUCAGGGUCUCUGCCAGAAGCUCUCUUGCAAGAGAGUUCAAUGGUCUUGACGGAUCUUGAUCUAAGCCAAAACCAGCUCCAAGGUCCUAUCCGAGUCAUCACCUCCUCAACUCUGAAUUAUCUCAAUCUUUCUUCAAAUAAACUUUCGGGCCCAUUGCCUUCAAAGGUAGGGCACUGCGGUGUUGUGGAUUUGAGCAAGAACAUGCUUUCAGGGAGCUUGUCCAUGAUUCAAAGCUGGGGAAAUUAUGUAAUGGUUAUUGAUCUAAGUUCCAACUCGUUGACGGGAACUUUGCCGAAUGUAACUUCUCAGUUCUUGAGGCUGACUUCUAUCAAGAUAUCAAACAACUCGCUACAGGGGCCUCUCCCUCAAGUAAUCUGGGGUUACCCAGAACUCCAUGUGAUUGACCUUAGCCUCAACCAGCUAAAUGGGUCUCUCUCACCAAGCUUAUUCCUGUCAUCAAGAUUGACGGAGCUUAACCUUUCAGGCAACAGCUUUACAGGACCCAUCCUGCUUCCUGACUCUCAGACAGUAAUUUCCUCGUCUUCUGAUAUCCCUUUGCCACCCACUCGAAAUACAAGCUUGGUGUCUCUUGAUCUUUCAAAUAACUUGUUAAAUGGAUCUUUGCCCCCGGAAAUCGGUACAUUGGACCAACUAAAUUUGCUAAAUGUGGGAAAGAAUAAUAUCUCAGGACAGAUUCCGAGUGAAAUUGGUAAGCUUCACAGCUUGUUAUUUCUCGAUCUAUCUAACAACCAUUUAGAUGGUAGCAUCCCUGAUGACCUUCCGGACGGCCUUAAAGGCUUCAAUGUUUCGUAUAAUAAUCUAUCUGGCAUUGUUCCCAACAACUUGUUGAAGUUCCCUGAUUCUUCAUUUCAUCCAGGAAAUGCAUUGCUGAUCUUUCCUCAGGCACCCCAUUCGCCAAAAAACAUUCCGGGCAUUACAUUGAAGGGGAAAAGGCAUCAUAUGAAAUCUGCAAUUAAAGUGGCACUAAUUGCUGGUUUCGUUGGGGGUGCUGCUUUGGUAGCUAUUUUGUUCAUACUGAUUUAUUACAGAGGGCAGCGCAGUUCUCCUCGGGAAAUCAGAGGUAAAGAUACUAAUCAUGGGAAGUCUCCUCUCCCCAGUCUUUUUGGGCUUCAAAAAGCUGUGGACCCAUCCCCUGCUUCUUUGAGCUUCUCUCAAGAUCGUUUACUCUCUUCGGGCUCGAGAUCAAUGCCUGAGCAUGGAGACAUUUCAUCGGUUGGUAUGCGACUUGCAGAGCCAGCUGUCCCAGAGUCAACACUGAAAGGCGGGCGGCCAUCAGCAGAAAGGUCCCCACCAAAAAAUAUCGGGAGGUCUUCUCCUGUGUCUGCCCUUUCCAUUGAUCCCAGUAUGUCCGACCAACCAUCUGUUCUCGAGGUCUUCUCUCCAGAUAGAUUGGUUGGGGAUCUACAUUUCUUUGACAAUUCAUUCAUGUUCACUGCUGAGGAGCUCUCUUGUGCCCCAGCGGAAAUUAUUGGUAGAAGUUGUCAUGGGACGUCCUAUAGAGCUACUCUUGAUACUGGGCGUGUGUUGACUGUUAAGUGGUUGAGGGAAGGCAUUUCGAAAGGUAAGAAGGAAUUCGCUAGGGAGGCGAAGAAGCUCGGAAACAUCAGACAUCCGAACAUAGUCUCUUUGAGGGGCUAUUAUUGGGGUCCAAAGGAACACGAGAGGCUGAUCAUAUCGGAUUAUAUUGAUGCUGUGUGUUUAGCAAGUCAUCUUUGUGAGACUGAGCCAAGAAAGCUCCCACCCUUAUCAGCAAAUCAACGGCUUAAAAUCGCUGUGGACAUCGCCCGCUGCCUAUAUUACCUUCACAAUGAAAGAGCUAUUCCUCAUGGCAACCUGAAAUCAACCAACGUAUUAUUACAAGCUCCGGAUCUCAAUGCAUUGCUCACUGAUUACAGCCUCCAUCGGAUCAUGAAUCCUGCGGGCACGGCCGAACAAGUUCUAAAUGCAGGUGCUCUUGGAUACCGACCACCCGAAUUUGCCAGCACAAGCAAACCAUGCCCGUCUUUGAAGAGCGAUGUGUACGCAUUCGGUGUGAUUAUGCUGGAGAUGUUGACGGGAAAAAGUGCCGGAGAGAUAGUGUCUGGAAACACUGGUGUGGUCGAUCUGACCGAUUGGGUGAAGUUACUGGCAAACGAGAACCGGUCCAUCGAGUGCUUUGAUCUGAUGAUUCCUGGAAUCGAUAGUGAGGAAGGUCCCCCAGAUGGAUUGGAAGACAUGCUACACGUUUCUCUUAGAUGUAUUCUUCCUGCUUCUGAGAGGCCUGAUAUCAGAACGAUUUUGGAAGAUCUCUCGUCAAUUGUACUAUGAUCCGUGACCGUCUCUGUACAUGGCCCGUUGACGACUCCGAAGAACCCAUUUCCAGGAUGAGGUGUUGAUUAUGUAUGAUACUACUAACAUCAUUGAUGGGUCAUCUUCAUUUUUUUUGUUGGGUGGGAGUGGGCUGCAUCUCUCUUCGACAGUAUAUUCCAAGGAUUUUGGGAGAAUGGACGGGUCCGAUCAGCUGUAUGUCCUGGAAUAGUUCUUCAAUUGAUUAUCAAUUUUUAUUUGAUUUUUGUAGGUUGAUCUAACCUUCUUUCAUUACAAUGAUUCUAGAGUGAUGUUUAGGAUCUUGGGAUUGUAUUAGUAAAUUGAAGUAAAUAAAAUUCUUGGGUGGAUUCAUUUUU